AUACUGUCGGGCUGCCACUUGCAUCUGGCAUCUUUUUCUCUCCGCGCAAUCCUUAUCACCGGAGACAUGACCUCCUCUAGUCUCGAGCUUCAGGAGCUUCCUAAUGAGCGUCGGGAUGAAGUUCAGUUCCAAAACAACUCACCUCCUGAGACGGCAGUCACGGCAAUAGAGAAAUGGAACAGCUCAUGGACAAACAUCUUUCGUCUUGGAGCCACAGCCUGGGGCUUCUUGGUGAUGGGCGGCAACGAUGCUGCCUAUGGUGCUAUAAUUCCAUAUCUUGAAGAGUACUACGACUUGUCAUAUCUCGUUGUAUCGCUUGUCUUUUUCUCCCCAUUGGGCGGCUACGCUGCUGCCGCUUUUCUCAACAACGUCAUCCACAUGCGCCUAGGACAGCGUGGCGUUGCUUUUAUUGGCCCAUUAUGCCAUAUAAUUGCUUUCGUCGGGAUUUCCCAGCAUCCAAAGUAUCCGGCGCUUAUCGUCUUCUUCCUCAUCGCCGGAUUCGGAAACGGCAUAGAGGAUGCGGCGUGGAACGUCUGGGUGGGCGGACUGACAAACUCCAAUGAAUUGUUAGGGAUGCUGCAUGGCACGUACGGCGUCGGGGCUGUGCUUUCUCCGCUCAUUGCUACGAGUCUGGUGACCAAGGCAGGGUGGGAUUGGUGGACAUUUUACUAUUUCAUGAUAGGUGGAGCCGUCAUCGAGUUCGGCGUGUUGCUCUCGAGCUUUUGGAGCGCUACCGGAGCCAAAUAUCGGUCCUCCCAAGCAGCAUCAAGCAACAAAGGCUCUCUGAAGACAGCUUUGUCCUUCAAAACUACUUGGAUCGCUGCCAUAUUUUUGCUGGGGUAUGUCGGGGUUGAGGUUUCUCUCGGAGGAUGGGUCGUAAAAUUCAUGACCAGCGAACGCGGUGGCAAGGCUUUUGAGUCUGGCAUAGUCGCGACUGGCUUCUGGAUUGGAAUAACGGUUGGACGCAUGGUGCUGGGCUUUAUAACCCCCCGAGUGGGUGAAAAACUGGCUGUUUCCGUUUAUGUUGCAGCUGCCCUCGGCUUUCAACUUCUGUUCUGGCUUGUUCCGAAGUUUGCUGUCAGUGCCACGGCCGUCGCUUUUGAAGGAUUUUUCCUAGGUCCAUUAUUCCCCGCCGUUGUCGUCGUCACGACGAAGCUGCUCCCCGCCAAUAUGCAUGUCUCCGCGGUCGGCUUUGCAGCGGCACUGGGUGGAGGGGGCGCCGCCAUCUUUCCCUUCGCAGUUGGAGCGUUAGCUCAAGCAAAAGGGGUGUCUGUUUUACAGCCUGCCAUUGUCGGCCUUCUCGGCGCCCUGUUCGUCGUCUGGCUGCUUCUUCCGCGCAACAAAGAUAAAAAAGACGACGGCACCGACGUUGAGAGGUCUGGGGCUGGCGUGCUCCAGUUUUGCCGGAAGAAGAUGGACUCUGCCGUAUCGCAUUCGAGGGGGGCUUUCGGAAAGCUCCAUACGGCUAAGUAGGCGCCUGUCAAAACGAGCUCAUGAUGGGACACCGCGGCCUCGGACCAAUGCCUUGCCGUUUGCGGUACUGAUUGGAGUUGACCCAGCUUCUGAAAAUCCACCUCCGUACCAAAACGUGCGAUCUACGCAGCUGAGACAGUAGAUGGGUACCGAGAUCCAUCAUCUAGCGAGACAGGGGACGAUACAAGCAGUCCCUACAGAGUGCUCCUUGCCUAGCUCCCAGCUCGAGUCCUGGGUAUGGGUGAAAAGGUCCCAGAGCACAUACAAACUGUACAUAUCUUAACUGUAUAUCUUCUCCCACAC